GGCAAAAAUAUUUCGGCGAUUUUACUUCAAACGUACCUGGGGAAAGGAUUCAGAAGUCUCCUCUAUCAUGGGGAGCCGAGAGAAACAGUGGCUUGUUCCGGUGGUUCUUUUUGGACUGCUUCAGUUGAGUUUUGGAGACCCAGAUAAACAGGUCUGUCCUCCAUCUUCAGGCACCAUCUACGACUAUGGAGCCACAACUAUAAAUGGGUGGGAGCACAUUAAUUUAGGCCAGUACGCUGGGAAGACAGUCCUCAUUGUAAACGUUGCCACGUACUGAGGACUAACCUUCCAGUAUCUGGAACUGAAUGCACUGCACGAGGAGUUGAAAGGUCAUGGAUUCACCAUUCUUGGGUUUCCAUGCAACCAGUUUGGCCUACAAGAGCCUGGAAACAACCAUGAAAUUCUGCCCACUCUAAAGUAUGCCCGCCUAGGCAAUGGGUUUGUUCCCAACUUCCAAUUGUUUGAAAAGGGUGACGUGAAUGGUCGGAAAGAACAAGGCCUCUUCACGUUCCUCAAGAACGCUUGCCCACCUGUUGGAGAGAACUUUGGGAAUCCCACGAAUAGGCUGUUCUGGGAGCCUUUCAAAGGGAGCGACAUCAAGUGGAACUUUGAGAAGUUCCUUAUCGGACCAGACGGAAAGCCUGUGAUGCGGUGGUUCCCGAGGGUGAACGUCUCCGAAGUCCGAGCAGACAUCCUGCAAUACCUCCAAAAAUAUAACUCCUAAAUAUAAAUAUGCUCCAUCUACCGGCAGACAACAAAAACAAUUGGAACAGAAAUCUGACCUCCAGCAACCAUUUUCAACAUGUAAAAUUGCAUUACUUCUAAACAAUCUGAAAAUGAGCAAGUGAUAACAGUGACAACCCCCCAUAAAAACAAAAAACAAAAAAAAUGUAGAUAGUGUUAGAAAGCGAGGCCCUCUGUGUCCGUGUGUGUGUGUCCUCCCUGGCAGCAGUAGGUCGGUGUGGAGGGCGGGAGGGGUUGCCUAUUAGUGACGGUGAGGCCUGAAAGCAGAGACCCUGUGGGGCCUCACCUGAAAGCUGCAGGGCCAGAGUGGCUCUUAGUGCAUUCAAGCCACUCUGAGGCCCCUGUGGAUCAGGCCUUCUUCCCCAGUACCCCACGGACACACAGUGCCUACUGAAGCCUUCAUGUAUUUGUUUCAAUAAUAAAAAAAAUCCUUUUGUGGAAAA